CAGACAAGAAGUGUACAGCCGUCUGCUAGCUGCUAGCGAAUCCUCCUCUUGCUUUUUGCUACCUCGAUCACACUCAUCCUCCUGCCCCAUAUCAUGUCUUUCCGCUCGCUUGUCGGUCGUCGGAUCCCGCCGUCUCUCAUCCGAUCUAUAUGUACUCGCCUUGCGUUGCGACCUUUACCAGUCACUCCCCUCCGUGCACACCGCGUGACCUCUCCCUCUUCUGCAAGCUCUACUCGCUGUAUGGUUGAAAUCUGCUGAGGGCUGUGGGAGGGGGGGACCGUCACGUCCUUCUACCCCGAGAGGUGUAAAAAGCGGAAUGUUUCGGUCGAAAGUAGCACCGAGAUCGACGAGAACACCUACAAGGUCAUAUAGCAUAUAGCAUAUAGCAAGUUGAACAUGUACAGCAAUUCAGCAAUCGACCCGGCCUCGACUCGUACAACAAAUCACUGGAUAAGUGAACAUCAUUCCUCUACCCAGUUAUGGUUCUCCGACAAGCUCUCGUGACAGCCGUCCUGCUGACAACCUCGACCUCUAUCGUCGCUCAGGUCGACUUUGAGCAACACGACUGGUUCUACGAGUUUCCUCUUGCUAGUACCAACGUCCUCCCAACCGUCCCCCCUCCCUCAUCAUUCACCUGGGACUCCAUCUUCCUCCCGCCCGGUAUCUCCCUCGCCUCCGCCAAAAGAAGCCCGUUCCACGUCUAUCAUCCCGAUUUCCACCGGGUCAUCGGGGAAGAUCCCAGGUUAGCUUUGGUCUUGGAGACCGAGGGGUAUUAUAGCGCUCACGAGGCCCCCGUCUACCACGAACCCACCCAAUCAUUCUUCUUCUGCUCCAACGCCGGUGCCCCCUUAGGGUUUUCCGGUGCUGAGAAUUCUAAUCGGGUUUUCAAGAUCUCCUUGGACGAGGUCGAGAGCUCCUUGAGCAAUAAAGAGGGCCAGGUCUACUUGGACGAAACCACAGGGGACUGGAAGGCGGGGAAUGCGACGUUGGUGGAGAUCAGUGGGGAGGAUGGGACGGAAGGGAGGUUGGUCAACGUGAACGGAGGUACCAAUUACCGAGACCAGAUCGUCUUCCUCGCUCAGGGUCGGGGGGAAGAGUUCCCACCUACGAUGACCUUGGUCAACCCGUACCCUCCUUACAAUUCCACCGUCAUCCUGAACAACUACUUUGGGAGACAAUUCAACUCGCUCAACGACGUCGCCCUGCACAGAGGUACCGGAGACCUAUUCUUCACCGACCCGGACUAUGGCAACUCGCAGGACUUUCGACCUACGCCGGAUCUGCCGUUACAAGUUUAUAGGUGGAACCAGACGAGCGGCCUGGUCUCGCUCGUGGCGGACGAGAUGGUCCGACCGAACGGGAUCGUCUUCUCGCCCGACGAGACCAAGGCGUAUGUGGCGGAUACGGGGUUGGUAGGGAAAGAUCGGGAUCCCAGACGUCCGGCCACGAUCUACGAGUACAACGUGGAUGAGCAAGGAAACUGGAGCGAUCGAAGGACGUUUGCGUUCAUCAAUACCGGUGUCCCCGAUGGACUCCGAUGUGACGAGUCGGGCAAUGUUUAUGCUGGCACCGGCGACGGCGUGACCGUGUUCAACCCGCAAGGCGUACUCUUGGGCAAGAUCUUUGUCGGUUCAGGGAGUGCCAACUUUCAAUGGGCCGGUCCGGGCAGGAUGGUCAUCCUGGCCGAGACCAAGGUUUACGUCGCCAAGCUUCUCGCCAACGGGGACCCUGUAUGGAAGUAGAGCGACGUGGUGUGGGUGAUCUGAUGCUGUGUAGCGCUAGUCUCAACACGACGACGAUGGUGAAUGGAUUGUAGCAACCCCGAACGAGACGUAUGACGCUCCCAAGACAAAUAUCGCGAUUUUGAUCCCGUG